AUGACUACCAAAGAAAAUAUUUCUUCUAAAUCUGAAAAUUUAGAAAAAGCAAAGUGGAACAACCCAUUUUAUACCAAAGUAUUACUUGACAUUUGUAUGGAUGAGAUUCGAAAAUGUGGGAAACCGGGAAUUGCUUUUAAGAAUAAGAAAUGGGAAGAAAUACGUGACGAAUUCAAUAAAAAUGCUAGUAAAAACUAUACUAAAAAACAAUUGAAAAAUAGAAUGGAUAAUUUGAGAACGGAUUGGACUACCUGGAAACAAUUAAUAGGUAAAGAAACAGGGCUAGGAUGGAAUACCGAAAUAGGAAAUGUUGAUGCUGAUCCUGCUUGGUGGGAGGCUAAAAUUAAGGAGAAUGUGAAAUAUGCAAAAUUUCAAAGUCAAGGAUUGGAAUUUCGUGAGGAAUUGAAAUUUAUAUUUGGAGAGAUUGUGACAACAAGUCAAUGCCAAUGGACACCAGCUUUAGGGGUGCCACAUGAAUCUAGUGGCAAAAAUGCUAUUGAUGAUGUGCCACUAGAAAUUAUUGAAUCAGAAGAGGAUGAUAUUAUCCCUAUGGAAAGUAACAAAUCAAGAAAGAAAAGAAAGGUUUCACCAGAUAUGGGUGAGAAAGUUACAAAGGGUAAGACCAAGGUUGGGACUGCAACAACUAUGAGAAACACAUUUGAGCGAUUAGUUCAAGCAGCAGAAGGUCAUAAUAAAAUUGAGAAGGCCGAAAUUGCAGCAACAUCUAAUGUUCUUGGACAAUAUUCAAUUCCUGAUUGUGUUACAAUAUUGAAAAGUGCGAAGGAGGAAGGACAUUUGAAUAAUCGACAAUUUAGUUAUGCUUUGGAGAUGCUUAAAGAUGAAGAUAAUAGAAUCUUACUGAUGUCCUUAAAAGAUUCUAUGGAUGCUUUGGUAGACUGGAUUCUAUACAAGUAUCAAUGA